UGAUAUGACACCAGCAUGGCUUCUGUUUGUGGAGGUUGUUUAGCACUUCAAGAUGAUGGGGUUCCUAUAAAGUUUCCUGUUGCUAGAAUUGCAAUGGGCCUGGUCCUUGAUACACAAGAAUUUGGUGGAGAUGGUAGCCCACUUAUACUUUCUGAUAUUACUGGAGCUGAAGAUGCCUCUGGUGACAUGGAUUUGAAGAUUGCUGGUAAUGAAAGUGGCAUAUCUGCAUUUCAGAUGGACAUUAAGGUAGUUGGGAUAACUCUACCUGUGAUGGAGAAAGCACUCCUUCAAGCUAGGGAAGGGAGACAACAUAUUCUAAGUAAGUCUGUACUAAGACAAAGUAGCUGUAAAAUGUGUAGGGCAAAAUGAAUCACGACACCACUC